AUUUAACUGAGAACUUCCACACUAAACCUUACAUGACUUGAUCUAUCAUUGACUGAUUGAGAUCGUCAAGUAAAAUAUCCAGAGAAAAGGGACAGCCGCCGCCCAAGAUGUCGCUUCCUAUGCCGACACCCACCAACCCGCCCCUCCCCCUCACCAACUACAAAGUGAUAUCAUUCGACAUCUACGGCAGCCUGAUCGAAUACAAGGGACAUAUAUUGAAAUCGUUCCAACCACUGCUCUCACGCUUACCAGCAACAUCGCCGUACCUGAAUGAUGCGCCAUUGACCAGCGAGGUUCCAGAUUCGGCUACAGUUGGAUCGAUCGAGUUUCUCAAACUAUUUCAACAAGAAGAAGAUGCCAUCAAGUUGGAAAAACCAGUGAAACGAUUCGACGAGAUUCUUGCUGAAAUAUGGAGACGAAUCGCACGGGAGUUACAGGUCGAGGGUGACGACAUUGAAAAGGAAGCCGCCCAUUUCGGCAGUGAAGCUGUUAUUGGAUCAUGGCCUACAUUUCCAGGAACGCUGGAGGCGCUACAGUCGUUGAGCAAGCAUUACAAAUUAGUUGCAUUGUCCAACAUCGACAAGUAUGCGUGGUCAAUCACCGAUUCAGCCCCCGCCAGUCGGCUGGGCGAUGUUUCUUGGUGGAAGGUCUUCACGGCGGAGGAUUUUGGCGAUGAUGCCGCCCGAGCAGAUGAGAUCAAGUUGGAGACGGUGAUUGAUUAUGCGCUUUUAAACGGAUUUCAGAAACAUGAAAUCCUACAUGUCGCUCAGAGUCUCGGCCAUGACCAGGCUCCUGCAAAACGCCUGGGCUUGAGUAGUGUCUGGCUGGUGGGCGAUGGUCCUAGGUGGGGAAAGCAGGCUGAGAGUAAGAUGGCACUUGAGAAGAAUCUCGUCGGUUAUGCUUGGAGACAUCAGGAUCUUAAGGGUUUUGCUGAAGAGGUAGAAAGGGCUUUUGGUGACAAGUCUUAGUCAAAGUCACUUCUUGAGAAAGGGAGAGGUGGUUCAAAAGUUCCAUCGAAGUAGCUUCUAACUAUGAAUACAUGUCGUGCGAGUUUACAACCCUCGUACAUAAU